CAUCGGGUCGGGCUCAAACUGCUCCCCGGGAUCCAGCUCCUAUCCCUCGGCCUCAGCGGGUUGCGUGUUACGGAGAGAGACGCGGCAGAGAGACAGAGAUUCCAGGGUUCCUGGAUCAGUUGGUUCUGGAUCACUUCUCAGAUCCUGAAGCGGUUACUCGUUUUAUCUGGAGGGAUUCGAACCCAGACACAAGGCUCACAAAGACAUCCACUGAAGCUGCAGCCUCAGCAGCAUGUCCCUGCCCCGGAGCUCGGUCCUCUCGCUCUUCCACCCGCUGUUCCGCCUCCCGCUGCUCCUCGUGCUGCUCCUCUGUGCGGGGGUCCAGGUCUCUUCAGCUUCUGGACGCUUUGAGCUUCACAUUCUGUCGAUGCAGAAUGUAGGCGGGCGCCUGCAGAGCGGCGCCUGCUGCGAUGGAGCCCCGGACGUGACGGAGGAGCUUUGCACCCUGGACGGAUGUGACACCUUCUUCCGGGUGUGUCUGAAGGAGUUCCAGCUGAAGGUGUCCUCGGGGCCCUGCAGCUUCGGCAUCGCCUCCACGCCCGUGCUCGGUGGGAAUAGCUUUUCAUUGCCCAACACCAAGCGUGACAAGUCCAGGAUCGUGUUGCCGUUCAGCUUUGCGUGGCCGAGGUCGUACACGUUGAUAGUGGAAGCUUUGGACUUCAACAAUGACUCCUCCUCUAAUGCGAUCGAGAGGGCCGUCCACUCGGGGAUGAUCAGACCGAGCCGUCAGUGGCAGGACCUGAACCAUAACGGCCCAGUGGCUCAGUUCAGCUUCCAGGUCCGCCUCAGCUGCGACGAGCACUACUUCGACUUCGGCUGCAACAAGUUCUGCCGGCCCCGAGAUGACUUCUUCGGACACUUUGAGUGUGACCACAACGGCAACAAGACGUGCCUGGAGGGCUGGUCCGGUCCGGACUGUAACACAGCGAUGUGUCGACCCGGCUGCAGCACAGACCACGGCUCGUGUAAAGCUCCUGGAGAGUGCAGGUGUCUGUAUGGAUGGCAGGGUGAUUACUGUGAUCAGUGUAGCUCUCACCCCGGCUGUGUUCACGGCAGCUGUGUGGAGCCGUGGCAAUGUCUGUGUGACACCAACUAUGGAGGACAGCUGUGUGACAAAGAUCUAAACAUGUGUGGGACACGGCAGCCAUGUUUGAAUGAAGGAGCCUGCAGUAACACGGGACCUGAUAAAUACCACUGCUCCUGUCCCGACGGAUUCUCCGGGGUCAACUGUCAAAGCGCCGACAACGGCUGUCUGUCCAACCCCUGUGUGAAUGCGGGCCGCUGUGUGGAAACCAGUCAGGGGUUCGAGUGUCGCUGUUCCCCAGGCUGGACCGGACCCUCCUGCUCCAUCAAUGUGGACGAAUGUCUGGUGAACCCCUGCGGUCAUGGAGGAACCUGUCAGGACCUGGUCAAUGGUUUGAAGUGCAUCUGUCCUCCUCAGUGGGUGGGAAAGACCUGCCUCAUAGAUGCCAACGAGUGCAACGACGACCCCUGUGUCAACGCCAACUCCUGUCGGAAUCUGAUUGGCGGAUACUUCUGCGAGUGUGUCCUCGGUUGGACGGGCCAGAACUGCGAUAUGAGAGAAGGUCUUUGUGACGAGUCGACCUGUAACAACGGAGGAACUUGUUACGAUGAAGGCGACACCUUCCGGUGUGUUUGUGCUGUCGGCUGGGACGGAGACACGUGUAGCACCGCAAAGAACGGCAGCUGCCUGUCACGUCCCUGUGAGAACGGAGGCACCUGCGUGGUGGACGGAGAGGACUUUACCUGCGUCUGUAAGGAAGGCUGGGAGGGCGCCACCUGCAGCCACAAUGCCAAUGACUGCGGUGCUCAUCCCUGUUACAACAGUGGGACGUGUGUGGACGGAGACAACUGGUAUCGAUGUGAAUGUGCUGCAGGGUUCACCGGCCCAGACUGCAGGAUCAACGUCAACGAGUGCCAGUCGUCACCCUGCGGCCUCGGCGCCGCCUGCGUGGAUGAAAUCAACGGUUACCGCUGCAUGUGUCCACCAGGGAGCAGCGGUGCCCACUGCCAGGAAGUGAUGGGGGGGUCCUGUGUGUUCGAUGGGCUGGUGGCUCUGGAUGGAAGCACAUGGGACGAAGACUGCAACACCUGCCACUGCCACAAGGGGACAAUCACCUGCUCUGAGCUUUGGUGCGGACCGAAACUUUGUAGCUUCCAGGGUCCGACUCAUGGCUCAGAGUGUCCGGCCGGUCAGACCUGCAUCGCAGUCCCGAACGAGCGCUGCUUUGUCCAGCCCUGCCGCAGCCAGGGGGAGUGCUGGAGCCCCGCCCACAGGGCCCCGCCCACAGCCAAGUGUCACCCAGAGAACAGCUGCACUAACGUCACCAUCUCCUUCAACAAGGACGUCAUGGCAAAGGGUGUGACGGUGGAGAGGGUUUGCCGAGAGCUCAGGACCCUCUACGUUGUCCAGAACCUAUCGUCGGACUCUUCAAUCUCUAUGACCUGCGAGCCCUCGCUCAGCAGCAGCAACGAGAUCCAUGUUGUCAUCUUGCCAGAUAACCAGGACGGAGGUAUGACAUUCGUCAGGGAGAUCACCGACAGGAUCCUGGAUCUGGUCAGCAAGAGGAAGGCCAACAGCAGCAUCAUCGGUGCCAUCGCCGAGGUCCGCGUGCAGCGACGACAGAGCCGCCCCAACGACCUGCUGGUGCCCUUGCUGGUCUCAGUGGCGAUCGCCAUCUGGGUUUUGUCGGUUGCUUCGAUGUUGCAACGGAGCUUGAAAAGGCGGAGGAAGCAGAGCGUCCACUCUGCGGUCAGCAUCCAGGCCUCGUUAUCUUCAGCAGCCACAGCGGAGGAAAACAACGCCCUCCACAACAGCGUCAGCGCCGCCCGCGACCAGCUCAACCACAUCAAGAACCUCGUUGAGAAAAACCCUACAAGCCACCAUCACCACCUCCACAAGGACAAGAACUCCGUCAACGCCAAGUUCAGGAAGUCAGACACCGGGAGCCAAUCAGGCAAUGACGAGGUGGACAAGAGGCUUCAGAAGGGAUGGUUCCCCGGGGCGCCACCAGCGUACUUGCUGGUAGACUGGGAGGAAUGUCCCCCCAAUCUUCCUACAGGCUCAAAACUCUGGACGUACAAAAAGGACAACUGGCUGCUGCAGUCGCAGAGCGUCAGAAGGGCGGAGCUUAACGUUUAACUAACCAAUCAGACACUUGAAUAAGUUACAGGAAACAGGGUUUCCUUUGAACCCUUAAUGUGCAACAUCACUUUCAUUCACAUGUCACUGCUGAUAGGCCAAUUUAUUCAUGGGGAAUGUUAUUGUAUAGAUGUGUAAAUAAUUUUGUAUUAAUCAUUAUGUAUAUGUAUAUGUAUGAUUUAUUAACUUAAUCCUCAGGAGCCUUCAGAUAUUUCCUUUAAUUUAUCAGUUCCAAGUUGGCAGCUUUAUAAACUGUUUAUUUUCAUAAAAACCCAAAGUUUUCUUGAAAGAAUAGUUUAUUUUUAGCCGUUCGGGUUUGGGGAAAUUUGUGCCUCAAUUUGAAGGUUUUAUACAAUUGUGUGUUGACAGCGUGUAGUUGGUUCCAGGGUCGUGUGUUGUAUUGUACAUGCGUCACUGGAGGCGGGGAUACACAUGCAAUGGUCUCUGUACACAUAAAUAUAUAUAGACUUUCUGAAGGAAUACUUUCUUUUUAAAUAAUUUCAAUUGUUUGACGAGUGUAAAAUAAAAGAACAGGCUUUGAAUCCUGUUUCUAGGCGUCUGUAAUAAUGGAAUCAAACCUGCGUGACGGAAGUGCUGCAGAGCCGUUACGUGACAUGCUUCCUGUUGAUUGGAGGAGAACACGGCUGGGAAACCAUCUUGGCUCCUUCAUCUUUUCACUUCAGUUUCUUUCGGACCUUGGAAAAUUAAAGUCUUCGUGAUGUU